CCCGUGUCCACCGUCUAAAAGCUCCCAAAAUGGAUCCAAAACCCAUAAACGAAGGAAUGUUACUGGAGGAUCAUGAUCAUGGAAUGCCUGAAGAAGAAGAAAUAACAGAAGAUGAUAUGAAUGGAAUUCAUAAUAUAGAAGAGGAUACACGAACAAUUAGUGAAAUAGCAAUGGAGCUUCAUCAUCCGAAUAAAAGUCAAGUUUUACUUGAUCAGGAACGAUUUUUGCCAAUUGCUAACGUGGUCCGAAUCAUGAAAACUCAAAUGGAUCCGCAGGCGAAAUUGGCAAAAGACGCAAAGGAGUGUGCUCAAGAGUGUGUUUCAGAGUUUAUAAGCUUUAUCGCUUCGGAAGCCGCUGAAAUAUGCAAUAUUACGAAGCGGAAGACUAUUACUGCAGACGACCUGCUCACCGCGAUGGAAGCCACAGGAUUCGACAAUUACGCGGAGCCAAUGCGAAUUUUCCUUCAAAAGUACCGUCAGGCUCACAAGAUCACUGGACCAAUUCACAGAACACACCCAGACUACGUACGGCCUCCACAAUUUCAAAUGGAUCCUUUUGUUCGGCCAUUAUUCUUCGAUACGGAGCAAGGACGCAGAUGUACCGAGACUCAAUACGUGAUAAAUGGCAGUGAAAUUGUGAAAAAUGCUCCAUUGGGAGAAGAAUGGAAUGAGCAAACUGGUACAUUGAAUACCCGCGCAGAUGGAUAUUAUAUGGAGGAGCCAAUGGAGCCGAUGCCGAUGGAAGAAGUAGAAAUUGAAGAACACGAGGAAAUUAUUGAGCAAGAUUCACUUGGAGCCAUCGCCUUGGAGCAACAAGGCCAAAUGCAGAUUUAUGUGGAUCCAAAGACGAAACAACAUUUUGCAGCGAAAGAAACUCCGAAUGGCAUGGAACUCUACCCUCUGAUCAUCCAGGACACCCCACUGCAAUUGGAAAAUGUUUCUGGGCCAAAUCAAUUCGUUAUGAAUAUGCCAGAUGGACGAGCAAUACCCCACGGAAUGGGACAAGAAGAGCCUCAGCCAGUGUCAAGUAGCUCAGUUAUGCGGAAAAUCGGUCAAAAUCCGUCUUCCUAUGCCCAGCAGCACCACCACGUCAGCCACGUGGAACAACACGAUGACGUGGAAUAUGAAGAAGAAGAAGAAGUAGAUCAAGUAGAGGAGGAUACAGUACCCGUUCCAAUCGCGCCGAGACCCGCAGCCACCCGAGUUCAGCCGAAACGAACGCCGACGAAGAGGAAAAAGUAGAGAAAAUUGCAAAAAAUGAUAAUUUCUCGAUUUUUAUUGUAUUUUUCGCAUUUUUUCACCCUGAAAUCCCAACUUUUUGAGGAAUUUUUAAAAUUUUGCACUGAAAAUCACCAUUUUUACCGAAUUUUUUAUUGGAUUUUUUCUCAUUUUCCCUCAAAACUGAAUCUGAAAACUGCAAUUUUUGCAAAAAUUCAAUUUUCCAAAAUUUUCCAUUUUUCAUUGAUCUCCAUCGUAUCCAUUUCCUUGACAACUUAACAUAUACAAUUGUAAUUAUUUUUGAAAUAUUUAUUCAUUUAUUUAUUUAUAUCUCUAAUUUAUUGCAAAAAAAUAAAUUCAAUUAUACCCC